AUGUCAGAAUCUAAUGAAAUUGAAAGUGGUUUAGAACAUCAAAAGAGAUUAGUGAGAGGUGCCAAUUUUAUUCGGAUUCAAUUACCAACACGAAUUGCUAGACGGAUACGAGACUUUCAAUCACUUCUAGAUAUCAUGGCAUCUAAUCCUCAUCUUACAGAUGCGUUUGAUAAGAUUAGAUUGUAUCUUCCUAUCACAGAUCAACAAGAUAAUCAACGUUGGUGCGAGUUUCUUGAAGAUUUACUUAAUCAACAUUGGAUUGGGAUCCCUCAGCUUGCUAUUGGGAUUGCAGAAUCUUCAAAUCGUUUACCUUCUCAUCAAAUCAAUCCUUUCAUGACCCAAAUGUUACAAUCACGUAUUUCAAGACGAGUAUUUGUUAAACAUUCAACAACAUUAAUGAAAAGAUCAUUAUCAGAUGAUCAUAUUGUCACUAUCCUUUUAGCCUGCAGUUGUUAUGUUGGAAAUAGAUGUGUUUACUUCGCUACAUCCCAUUUGCUCAAUUCUCACUUGAUGCUUACUUCACCAAUGUUUCACAGGUUGAAUAAGGAUCAAAGAAAAAAUCGCUUUCAAGUCACGAGCACCAUGAUUAAUGAUUCCAGAUUCACACUUCAUCAUCAAAAUUGACCUAUACUCGAUCACCGUAAAUUGAUUGGACCAGAUAUUGACUCCAGAACCUCAUUCAGAAAAUCAAGCAAACCUUAGAUCUGAUGAUAGAACAAAUCAGCAACCAAUUUUUUAGUCUUAAAUCAACUUUGACAUCAUUAACAUUCAAAUCUGAUUUGAAUCUGCUCCUUUAGCUGUCAAAAGCUACGAGUUCAUCU